UGGCAUUUGAUUAACCAAAUCCUAUUUAAAAAACCCCUCUACUCAACCUUUUUUCCCCAAUUCUAUUUUCCACCUUUCUUCACUUACAAGAAAAUAUAACAUCAAAUUUUCUCUCUAAUUUACUUGCAUCCUUCACCAUGGCUAUGGCUUUUAAGAUGGCGACGACGGGCAUGUGGGUGACUGAUGAAUGCAAGAAUUCAUACAUGGAUAUGAAAUGGAAGAAAAAUCAUAGGUAUAUAGUUUACAAAAUUGAUGAGAAAUCAAGAUUGGUGACAGUAGACAAAGUUGGUGGACCUGCUGAAAAUUAUGAAGAUUUGGCUGCAGCUCUUCCUAAAGAUGAUUGUCGAUAUGCAGUGUUUGAUUUUGAUUUUGUUACUGUUGAUAAUUGCAGAAAGAGCAAGAUCUUCUUCAUUGCCUGGUCACCAACAGAAUCAAGAAUUAGAGCAAAAAUAUUGUAUGCAACAUCAAAAGCAGGUCUGAGAAGAGUGCUAGAUGGAAUUAGCUAUGAACUUCAAGCAACUGAUCCAACUGAGAUGGGAAUGGAUGUGAUCAAGGACAGAGCAAAAUGAUUUAUUUUAUUUUAUUUUUAAUUAGCAAACAAAUUAAAGUACUGUGUUUUUUGUUUGCCAUCUUUUUCUAAACUUUGUUUUCAAUAUAAUAAUAAUGACUCCACUUAGAGGGCAAAGAUGCUUUCUUUCUUUCCUUCUUAGUGGUACUAUUGUGACCUUUUUUUUUGUAAGAUCUACUAAAGUAUGGUUGAUCCAACCUUCUAAUUUGUGAUAAGUAUCAUGUCAUUUUCUACUAAUUUAUUAACUACAAAGUGUUUCUACUAAUUAUGAGUUUUCUAUAACUUUUAUCUUGUGUUCAUACAUGGAGUUUAAAGAUAUCUUCAAUUACUUUAGAUA